GUUUGAGGACCCCUGUUCUAGAGCAUGAGCAGUAUGCCAUUGAGCAGAGCUUAUUUUUUAAAAAGAUACAAAUAUACUGGGGUUGUUGACGUGAAUAUAAUAUGGCCAGCCGUUGAGUGAAAAUGGAAGAGGGCCUCCUUUGUAUUUCCUGUUAACUGACUUAGGACUUUUUCCUUCCAGUGACUGCAAUGCUUGGUCUUGCCUCUUCCAUAUCAUGCUUCUUCUUCAUCCUGUUUUCACUGACCUCCAAUACUGCCUCCAAAGAUGACCUUGUGGUGGACACCAGCAGUGGCCCUGUCAAGGGCAAAUCUCUCACCGUUGGCUCUGGCUCUGUGAGAGCUUAUCUUGGCAUCCCCUAUGCUGAGCCUCCCUUGGGGAGACUGCGAUUCCAGAAGCCUCUUCCACAUCAACCAUGGAGUCAAAUCUUUGAGGCCACUGACUUUGGAAAUGCCUGUCCUCAGUCAGUUCUUUCUCAAACACCUGAGGCAAAAAUGGUGAAUCCUAAUAGGCCCCUGUCAGAAGAUUGCCUCUUUCUCAACAUCUGGGUGCCUCAUCCGCAACCCUCUGUACCAAUUCCCAUCCUUGUCUGGAUACACGGAGGGGGAUUUAUUUCAGGUACAAGUUCCCUGGACUUGUACAAUGGGUCUUCCUUAGCUGUGACUCAGAAUGUCAUUGUGGCCUCCAUGAAUUACCGCCUGGGGGCUCUGGGCUUCCUUUCCUUGCCACCAGCUGUCCCAGGAAACAUGGGUCUGUGGGACCAACACCUAGCCCUGACCUGGAUCAGGCAGAAUGCAGCUGCCUUUGGUGGAGAUCCAAAGCGAGUGAUAAUUUUUGGUCAGAGUUCUGGAGCAGCCUCUGUGGGUCUUCACCUCCUCUCACCCAAAAGUGAGUCCCUUUUUGCCCAAGCUGUGCUUCAGAGUGGCGCUCCCAAUGCUAUUUGGGCUUGGGCAAGUCCUGAGCAGGCCAAGAAUAAAUCCCUUGAGCUUAGCCAACUUCUGGGAUGUGGAGAAGGUAAUGAAAAUGAGAUAGUAAACUGUCUUCGGGGGAAAAAUGCAAUGGAAUUUCCUCCGUAUGAAACAUUGCUGGUACUGAAAAGUAAGUUUCUUAUGUGUCUCCCCUUCAUACCAACAACAGAUGGGGAAUUUUUGACUGAUGAUCCCCAGAGUCUUUUAGACUCCCAGCAUGUGCAGACCAAGCCAAUUCUGACUGGUGUCAACUCAGAUGAAGCAGCUUCCUUGUUGAUUUUUAUUUUUCCUGGAAGCAAUCACAGCCUAAUCAAUCAUGAACAAUUUCUAAAAGUAUUAAGAAGUGCAUUGCAAAAUGCAACUGAAGAAGAAAUUCAGGCCGUGGCUCUCAAGUACAGUGAAGAGAGUCAUGGGCCAGCAAAGUACCGUUCAGCCUUGGUGCAAUCCUUGGGUGAUUAUUUAUUUGUAUGCCCUGCAACUGAAUUUGCUGCCAAGAUCAGAAAAGCUGGGAGUCCUGUGUAUGUUUACUAUUUUACGCAUCACACUUCUGGCACUGUCUGGCCUGAGUGGGCAAACGCAACCCAUGGAGCUGAACUCAUUUAUGUGUUUGGAAGUUUUAAGGCAGCAUUGGAGGCCAACAAAACCUACACAGAGGCCGAGGCAGCACUUAGCCGUAGGAUAAUGCAAUAUUGGGCGGAGUUCGCCAGAACUGGGAAACCCACAGGAUCAGAGAAGAAAGAAGUGGAGUGGCCACUCUAUAAUGCUACGCUGCAGAACUUCUUCCACCUUAGCACUGAGCCAGCCCAAGUUAUGCCAGUAUCGCCUGCUCGACACUGCAAUCUUUUUAAAACACAUACUGCAAGUCCAAAGAAAUCAGAAAAUAAUGAUGCCGGAGACCAGUCCUCACUAGCAGGGACUGUCAUGAAAAAGCAUCAGGAAAACCUGGAUACCUGUGACUCUUCACGUGUUAGGAAUGGUGACAAAGAUCUUUCUAAAUGUCCAACUGACUAAUUUCAAUAGUCAAAUACUAAAUAAAAUGAAAGAGUGCUAAAAGAAUGUACAGUAGUAAUAUGGUGAGAUAGUUGACCUCUUCACACAGGCUACCGGAAUCGCCAUACAUCAUGGUGAAUCCGGCGACCACUGUCACAGGGUGUGGGAAACCUAUUGUUCCAUGCCCCACAUUGCCUGGCUUACCUUUAAGCCAAUUCCAUGGGGGGGGGGGGGGUUGCAUCUUUCCCCUAUUCCUUCUGUUGCCGUGUAUGCCACGGUGGCAUACAUAGUUCUGUGCUAAUUUAGCCACGAAGCCCCACAGGGAGUUCCUUUGCAUCAUGAGUUGGGAGUCGGUGUGCUCCAUGGUCAACUAGGUGCAGAACUGGCAUAUGCGCCCGAAGUAAGCCCCAUCUUAUGAGUUUGUAGGUCUUUCUAUCCUGACUCUUCUCUGAUGUAAUCUGACUCUUAUGGGUGUUUCUCCAUCUCUUCCUCUUCCCAUGAGUACUCGCAGGAUCUUUUAAGAUAUAACUAGGCUAGAUCAGUACAGAAUUACUAUCUUAUCUUACAGUUGAAUUCCUACCAUUACAUUUAGUUCUUUCUACAAGCUAUUGCCAUGUUUGUUUUUUUAAAUCAAAAUCUCUAACCAGUGCACGUACUCAUAAAGGGACCUAGGCCUCUUUAUGAGAAAAACUUAUACAUAGGUUUACUGUAAGCAUAACUGGGGAUAACCUCAUUUCCUCCUAUUCACUACUGGGUGGGGGAAUCUCGUUGUUGUCCAAAUAAGUCAAAGAUAUCUAGCUGGGGUAGAUGAAUUUUGUAAAGGUCACCCGUCACAAGAUUUUUAAUUCCAUAUGAAUGCUGAUAGCUAUAGGUAUAGAGAUAUAUAUGUAAUUGUAUAUAUAUUUCAAACACAAUUAUCAUGUUCUAAGGAAUGUAGGCAUUUGUAGACCCAAGAGGUAUUUAGAUUUCCUGUGUGAGAGUUACGAUACUUACUGUUGAACUACAACUAUGCUGUGGAUUAAAGUCCAGAUAAAUAGGCCUGGACUUUACAGCUGAAUCCUCUCACUAUCUAGUUAAGCAAUAUCUCAAAUCAGAUACUGAAAAUUUAUAAAACAAUGGCAUCAUACCUUGGUUGCUGCCUCUAUGCUAUUUGCUUAAGCACUGAGAUCAAUAUGUAGUCCUUCUUUUACCCUCCUCAAGGUGGGGAACAACAGUUAAAAACACAUAACUAUGAAAUACUAUGCAAAACACACAAACCAAAAUAGAAGCACCAAUAUUGGCAAUUAGAAAAAUAUCUAAGUUGAGCUAAGGCUAAAUUAAAUGACAAGUAAAAGUUCUGCAAACAUUAAUCCUGCUGUUGAAGAGACAUGUUUGCGAGCAGCUCCGGCUGCACUUAUGUAUAUAGUUGUAAAUAAAGCCUAUUACCGCCAGGAUCGGCAGGCAGCUAUGCAUGUUUAUUUGUUCGUGCUUCUAAGCAGAUGCUAAGUUGCUGAACGGAAGGGGAGAAUUGAGACGGAGAGCUGUAGGUGUCUCAAUUAACCACCUCACAUCAAUCAUCACCGACAAGAUCAUUCUCUUGUCGAGCCAUGGCACCCCCCCCCCCCCCUCCCUAAAUUGAUCUGGACUUUCAGAGAGACUCCAUGUAAGAGAUAUGACUUUAUUUUUAUUUUUUUUGCACAAACUCCGCUCUUUCAAAGUUCUGCAAUACUGAAACCACUGGAGGCUCCGGAAGAACCCAGCAGUAACUGUACCCGAAACCAAAUAUAAUAAAUGUACAAAAUGAUGUAACUUUUAUUGAUUGUAUACUGUAUCAAUUCCUAAAAGUCUAAACUUGUAUCAAAUGUAAUAUGAAGGCAUUCGUUUUCCCAGUGCCACCUAUUUACAUAAGCUCCUGGGAACGGAGAUG